CCGUACCGAAAAAAACAAGGCGAGAGAGCAAAGAAAUCAUUCGUUUAAUACAAAACCAUGACAAAGCUAUUGGGUAUUGGACUGACGAGUUAGCAUCCGCGUAAUUUCAGAAACGCGUUGCGUUGGCGAUGACAAGUUAUUACAACCCCAGCUGCGAGCGGUAUAUUCAAAGGACAAAUGAUUCAACAUCUCACAGACUGAAAAAUGCUUACUGGACUACCAAACAAGCAGUUAUAAAGAAACUGCGUCGAAAGCAAGACGAAAAUAUUGUAGCUUCCGACUCCGAUCUCGACGCAAAGUUGGAGCUGUUAAAAUCUGUUCAGUUGACAUGUCGAGAUCUUGACAAUGUGUUGGCACGUUAUCAGAGAACGUUGUGCUAUCUGUCUCAGGCUGAAAAUGAAAUGGGACGAUUUCUAAAACAAUAUAGUUUAGAAGAUAAAACACAAGCUGGGAAGAUUAUGUCUGCUGUCGGAAAGGCGUUAAGUAGCUCAGCACAACAAAGACUUACUUUACUCAGUCCACUUGAUCGUGUUCAUCAAGAAGUCAAAACAUUCAGACAACAGGCAAUCAGUGAUACAACAAAUACAGUUAAAAUUAUGGAACAAGGUCGCACAGAAUAUCGAGGUGCAUUGUUAUGGAUGAAAAACGUAAGCGAAGAGUUGGACCCAGAUACAUACAAACAAUUGGAGAAGUUUCGGUGCGUUCAAGCACAGGUUCGUAAAGCAAAAGCAUCAUUCGAUCGCCUAAAAGUGGACAGUAUGCAAAAAAUAGAUCUGUUAGCAGCCAGUCGAUGUAAUAUGCUGAGUCAUGUACUUGUCGGCUAUCAGAAUACUUUGUUGACUUUUCUUGAAAAAACGUCUCAUAUGAUGGUAGCAGUAGCAGAAAGUUUCAGAGGUUACCAAUACUAUGAAUUUUCAAUUCUUCGGCAUUUGAGACCAGAAAGUCGUAAAUUGGCUGGAUAUAAGAGCGAUGAUGAGAAAGACAGCGAUAGCGAAAAUGGUAAUGUGAAAGCAAAAAAAAAGGGAGGUGAUAAUGAGGGAAGUGAAUGUAGUUCUUCUUCAUCUAGUGAUGCGGGAUAUACUCAUAAUCAAUCUUUGAGAAACUGCAAAACCUCGUGUAUAUUAUCUUCAAUUCAUUCAUGCAUCCCUAGUGGAUAUGAAGCUUUAAAAUGUGAUGAUUCCACAGAGAGACAAAAAACCGUGACUUGGUUAGACAGUGGAUUUAACCAAGUUGAAUUAAGUGAUCCAGCAAUUAUGAAUUCUGAUGACAAUAACCAUGGAAUACAUCAAACAAAAUUAACAGAUGAAGAAGAAUUUGAUAAAAGAUUAGAUGAAAUUUUCCUAGAAAAUCAUUGUAAUAAUUUCGACUUUGAUUCAGAUCAAUUUAAAUCAUCAGGGAAUCAAACCAGUUUUGGUGGAACUGAAGACAACAAUAACAUUGGUGGUCUGAUUAAUGAAUCUAGUGAGCAAGUCCCUGCUGAUCAUAGAGAUUUGUUCACUGAUCUGUUUCUUAGUGAUGCAAAAGAUGAUAGAUUUGCUGGACACCUUUCUGGAGUGGAUACUCGUCCUUUCAAUUUCGGAAAUAAAGACGGAUUCACUAAUGAUUCGGAAGCUGUCUUUAGCGAUUUGAAUCAGCCUUGCCAAAACGCUGAUUUCGGACCGUUGCAGAGUGUAGGGUCAAAAGAUACACUCAGGACAUCAAUACUUCCUUCACACUUAUUAGAACAGGAAUUCCAAAAUUUAUUCAACCCAGGCACUUCCAAUUUAAUUGGUACUCAAUCGAUGAAGUCAUCUUUGGAGUGUACUAACGUGAAUACUUCUGCAUUUAGUAAUAAUAACAACCAAUCCGAACAACAGUUAAAAAAAAGUGAAAACUCUCUGGGUACCAUUUCAAAUGCCCCAAAGUCAUUAUCAUCCCAACAGCCCACAAAUCUAGAUGCUUGGUUAAAUCUGUUUUCUGAUAUUGGACCAAUCGGUAAUCCAGAUACAAUAUCGAAAAAGGCUGGUCAAGUCACGGAUGCCUAGAAGUACGCUUGAACAUCAUAUUGUUGUGGCAAAAUGUAUUCGCUUAUAUGGCUUUUUUUCCUCCAAUUACACAUUAGUUACACAUGUGAUGUGUGUAUUUCCUUUGUUACUGUGUUAAUUCAUUUAUUAUAUUUAUGCCUUCUUUGGUUUUUGUCCCUUCUGAAAAUUUUAUCAUAUUAUAUUUUGAAAACUUAAAUUUCUGGUGUUAACUGUGAUAGUUAUUAUAAUGUUACGCAAUCAGAAAAACGCUUCCAUGUUUUUUCCACCAUUGUUUUACUAAUUUGGUAAAUAUUAGCACCAAUUAAUUACAUUUUGUUUAUUUUGCUUUCAGUAGUAAAAAGAAUAUUUUUCACAACAUAAACAAUUAUAUGAUCC